UUGAGAUUGAGCUCAUUAGGAGAGCACUGAACGGGUUGAAUAUUCGUCCAGAAAGCCCCAGGUCUCGAUGAAGCUGAAGGCGAUAAUGCAAGACUUCCGAAUCCUCUUUCCCGUGUGGCUCUCCGCGCUCGUGCUCCUUGCUUUCGGUCUCGAUUUGCUGCCGAGCCUCGACUUGCGUGGCCAGAGUGAAAGCAGAGACACUGGCUUCAACACGAGGGAUGGAGAGAGGAGUGAUGAGAGUCCCCUGUUUUGCCCGAUGCCGGCGCUUCGAACCGGCGAGCAGUUUCGGAACGCUUUGACGAAAAUUGAAAUACCUUGUGCCAAUAUGAAGACAUUCGGAGGGCCGCCCAGAGGCAAGAAAGGCUCCUCGAAAAACGUUUGUCUCGAUGCAAGGUUCGGCGUCGUCCCCGGCAAGUGCGUCGUCUUCUCCUUCGGCAUCAACCACGACUGGAGUUUCGAGGAUGAGAUGGCGGAGUUCGGGUGCAAGGUAUUCGCUUACGACCCAACAAUGGACGUCGAGAGCCACCAGCGAUCUCCGAACGUGCAGUUUUUCGCCACCGGGAUUUCGAACUACAAUGGACGAAAGUGAUAGGGAUGGGGAAGAACUGGAAGGAACGGAAGGUGGACCGUUUCGAGAACCUGGUGAAGGAGGCGGGGAUGGAGGGCCAGCCGAUCGAGGUCGUGAAGCUGGAUGUCGAGCUCUCUGAACUCGACUUCCUGCAGGACAUGCUCUUCAACUCUCGCCACGUCCUCAGGAACAUCAAACAGCUGGCCAUGGAGAUACAUUCUCAUUUCAGAAGUAAUAAUGUAGAAUCGGCAACUCGUCCCCAGGUGUUCUGGCCGUACCUUAACCUCAUGAAAUGUGCCGGUUUUAAGCUAAUAAGCUCGGAAUCAGGGGGUUACUGGAGAGAAGUUGUGUGGGCGCAGGAGAGAGUGUGGUAAUAAAAAGAUUUCAGUGCUUAAGAACGUGUUUGAGAAUAGGUGUGUGUGUGUGUGUGUGUGUGUGUGAGGUUGUGGUGUCUUGUGUGUAUGUGUGAGUUUUGGUGUUUAUGUGCGUAAAGUUUUGGUGUGUAUGUGUCUGAGUUUUGGCGUUUAUGUGGAGUUCUAAUGAAUGUGUAAAGUUUGCAUAACAAUAUGUAAAUGAAUGGUGAUAUGUAUUCUGCAGAAAAUGUGAAAAUUUCGAGAUUAAAAACGUAUUGAGACAAAGCAUCAAUAA